GCUCCUGGCCGUUAGCAGUUAGCCGUUAGCCGUUAGCGUGGUGGAGUGUGGACAGAGUCAGACAGCAGGGAGGAGGAGGUCGCUGCUGUAGUUUGUUUUUUUGUGACUAAACUCAGAGAAAAGUGUCGGGUGGAGCAGCUGACGGUGUGUCGGUGACCCGGUGACGGACUACAGACUCUCCGGUACCGACUUAUUGAUAUUAAAGUGUCGAUCGCGGCGGAAAACAACAACAUUUAGCUAACAGUUAGCUUCAGGAGCUAGUCGGCUAACUUUAGCUGGCUAACGAGGUCCAGCCCAGAAGUUGUUUAGCAGUGGAUGCGGUCUCCUCCUGAGCUCCUCACCAACUUUCUGCGGGACAGGAGGACAAGGACCAAAGAGUCACACUGGAUUUAACACCGAGCGCUGGUAGGAAACUAGCAGGAUGUCCACUGAGGUCGGCUCGGGUCUGACAGCGGCCAGCUCCGGAGCUGCGGAGGACCAGAACCAAAACAAGUCCGAGGAGACUCGACAUGAGGAGGGCGACAUGAAACCCCAGAGAGGGGACCCGGGGGACAGUCGAGGCUCGGAGGCGGACACACACAACAAGUGCGAAGAAAACGAUAAAGAAAACGAUGAAAGCGGCGGCGGCAGCGCGGCGGAGCCGACAGGUGAGGCUGUGAAGAGCAAAGUUGUUGAAGCUCCUCCACCCAAAGUCAACCCGUGGACCAAGAGGACCACAGGACGGGUCCCGAGCAGCAGCAGUGUGGGCUCCAGCUCUCAGGACAAAGAUCAACACAACACUCUGAAAGUCGUCCGAGCCAGCAAACCCAGAGCCAGAAAAUCCAGCAAGUCCAGUGACUUCAGUGACAUCACAAACUGGCCCACACCUGGGGAACUGGCCAAAGAGCAACAACAAAAUGUCCUGAACAACAACGGGAAGAAGCCGCCGUCGUCACGCAGAGAGAAGGAGAAGAGGAGGGAUCGAACGGAGAGGAAGUCCGAGAGCAGCCAUGAUGGCGGUGAGAGCAAAGAGAACCAGGAGGCUCAGCUGGAGCCGCUGGGAGAGCUGCCCAAAGACGGAGAGUCCAAGACGGGUCAGGACGCCAAGAGCGGCGGGCUGAAGAAGAGGGGAGGUGAGGGUAACAAACGUAAGUGGGUUUCUUUGCCGCUGGAGGAGGCGUCCACGGAUGACGGCGACAAGACGCCCGGCGGGGGUACGGCACGCUCAGACGCAGAGCCCACCAGCGACUCACCCGACCCCGUGUCGCCCAAUCAUACACUCCAUAGUAACAGGGCGCAUGAUAGCAGCAGGAGUUGGAGAAGAGAGCCUCGGGACUUUGGGGAUGACACCACCAGCGUGAGAAGUGACGGCGGGAGCGUUCGUGGAGGAAUACGAGGCCGGGGGAAAGGACGUGGGCGUGGGAGAGGUCGAGGCCGAGGCCGCUACGAAUUCUCUCAGAGCUUCAGAGACUCUCAGUCGUCCGACGGCUCCGUUCAGGUUCCCUCAGAGUUCGGCACCAACAUGGUUUAUUACUACGAUGAUGGAAACAAGGUCCAGAUGUACACGGUGGAUGAAAAGCUCCUGAAAGAAUACAUCAAACGACAAAUUGAGUACUACUUCAGCCUCCACAACCUGGAGCGAGACUUCUUCCUGAGGAGGAAGAUGGACGCUCAGGGCUUCCUCCCCAUCUCCCUCAUCGCCAGCUUCCACAGAGUGCAGGCCCUCACCAUGGACAUCAGCCUCAUCAUGGAGGCCCUGAAGAGCAGUAAAGAGGUGGAGCUGGUGGAUGAUAAAGUUCGCUGUAAAACUGACCCUGAGCGUUGGCCCAUCCCCACCCCCCCCAUCAUCGGCUCCCCUCGUACUGACUUCUCUCAGCUCAUCAACUGUCCUGAGUUCGUCCCUCGACAGAACCUCAGCUCCACAAACUCUGCUUCAUCACCUGUGAAGAAGACUCCUCCUGAGUCAGCUGAGCCUCAGGACUCCUCAGCUGAGCCCAGCUCCUCCAGCCAGGACUCCCUCUCAGCCAAAACAGCCCCCCAGCCCGACCCUGAACCUGACGCCUGGAUCCAGGUGGAGAAACGCCACCGUCAGCCCUCUGGAAAGCAUGUCAGUGAUGAUGUGUGUGUUGUGGGCUCUUCUCCUCCCUCAGCGCUCCACCCUGACCUCCUCCCCUCAACAGAGCGCGGUGAGGCGCCUCCACGCAGCCGCCAGCCUCCUCCGCAGGCCGCCGAGCCUGACCAGGAGGAGUUGGACUUCCUGUUUGAUGAAGAAAUGGAGCAGAUGGCGCCCAGGAAGAACAAGUUCACCGACUGGUCCGACGAGGACGACUCGGACUAUGAGCUGGACGACCAGGACGUCAACAAGAUUCUCAUCGUCACCCAGACCCCUCCUUAUCUCCGAAAGCACCCUGGCGGCGACCGCACGGGAAACCACGAGUCCAGAGCCAAGCUCACCGCCGACCUCGCCAAAGCCAUCAACGACGGGCUGUUUUACUACGAGCAGGACCUGUGGAAAGGGGAGGAGCAGGUGGAGUGCAGCAAGCAGGAAGCGGAGAACUUCAAGAAGCUGAACUUCAUCAGUCAAGAUGAGUUUGAUACUCUCACCCCCAAAGUGCCCGUCAACGCCAACCAGGAAGUCCCGCCUCCUCUCAUGCCAGUGGACAGCGGAGCAGAGUUGGCCCGCUCUCUGCCUACAACGGUCCCAGAGUCGCCCAGCGCUCACCAGCCCCGAACCCCCAGAACGCCUCGCACCCCUGGACGCCAGGACCCCAACAAGACACCACGCUUCUACCCCGUCAUGAAGGAGAGCGGCACCAUCGAUGGACAGACGCUGAGGAAGAAAAAGACCCGCCACAGUUCCAACCCUCCUCAGGAAGCUCACAUCGGCUGGGUGAUGGACUCCCGAGAACAUCGGCCGCGCUCAGCGUCCAUCAGCAGCUCCAACGCCUCUCCGUCAGAAGGAGGCCCGCUGACAGGAAGUUACGGCUGCACCCCCCAAUCUCUGCCCAAAUUCUGGCAUCCAUCCCACGAGCUGCUGAGAGACAACGGCUUCACUCAGCAGGGAUAUCACAAGUACCUCCGACGGUGCCUGAACGAGAGGAAACGGUUGGGGAUCGGCCAGUCUCAGGAGAUGAACACUCUGUUCAGGUUCUGGUCGUUUUUCCUGAGAGACAACUUCAACAGGAAGAUGUACGAAGAGUUUAAACAGCGCGCGCUGGAAGACGCCAAAGAGAACUACAGGUACGGUCUGGAGUGUCUGUUCAGAUACUACAGUUACGGUCUGGAGAAGAGGUUCAGGUUGGACCUGUUCAAGGAUUUCCAGGAGGAGACGCUCAAGGACUUUGAGAAAGGUCAGCUGUACGGUCUGGAGAAGUUCUGGGCCUUCCUGAAAUACUCAAAGAUCAAGAAGCAGCCGAUCGACCCGAAGCUUCAGGAACAUCUGUCUCAGUUCAAGAACCUGGAGGACUUCAGGGUGGUGCCCCCGAUGGGAGAGGAGGGAGGCAGGAGGAGACGUCACUCAUCCUCGGCCGGGGAUGAAGGAAGGCGUCGGCGUCAUCCUUCCAACACUACCUCAAAAUCUACGCAGGCCUCCAAAUCCUCCACUGCCGCUGCCUCCACAGCGCAGAACACAGCCAAAGAUAGCGCCCAGAAAGCAGGCGCUGCUGCCCACGGGAAGAAGAGCGAGUCUGGAGGCGGGAAGAAGGAAAGUGUGGCACCAAAUAAAUGAAGCUGCUUCCUGUAGGCGUGGCUUUGGAUACAAUUGUAGAGUGCGGAGGCGGCAGCAGCAGCUGUGAGGUCAGCGGCGGCUCUUUUCAGCAGCAGACAGUUUGGUAUGAAGAGACACUGAGCGUGGUUUAAUUAGAUUGUUUUUAUCUGUGCAUUUCAUUUAAAGCGAAGCGACGUGUAGGCAGCGAGCUUGACCGCGCGCACCCGAUCCUCCGCUCAUAACGUUUACAAAAAAAAAAAAAAAAUGCAUUCCUGCAUUUUCUGCCUUCUUCUUCUCUCACAUGCCAAAAGUGUCGUUCGGAGCUCCGCCCUGUUCGGACACCUCUGCAGCUGUGAUUCUAGUUUGCCAACAUACGGCAGGUCGUCCUGCGUGCCUUAACCUGAGGAUGAUGUCAGCGACUCGUCACCUGUCCAGGUGUCACCGCCUGAUUCAUAUCGUACUCUUUUCAUACAACACAAACAUCUGUUUUAUUUUAUGGUGACAAUCAGGUUGCAGUGAUGUAAUGAGUGAAGGACCGCCCCCAACUGACCUGCAGAACAAUGUUCCGUUUGACGCUCACACGCACGUAGAAUAAUUUAUUCUUUUCUUUUUACGUGAUUAGAUUUUUAGUUUUCGGGAAUCAGAGCAGUUUUAAUGGUUUCUGCUGGAACGAUGGCGUGAGGCUGGCGUCAUCAAACGACACUAUAUUUUAGCUUGAAGUUCAUUUCCUGUUUGAGGCUUGGUGCUCGUCAGCACUUCAAUCAUUUCCUGUCUUUCCUUCAUCAGUGACUUAAAAAAAUAAAAAGGUUUUUAGAGUUGAAUUAAAGAAAAAAAUGUAAAUACUAUAAAAAUGAUUUUCAGUUAUUCUCUGAUCUGAAGACGUGAUUUGUUUUAUCGGUCGUGUGGCGUGGAGUGUUUUAGUGAUGAUGAUGAUGAUGAUGCAUGUUGAUGACACGUCUGUAACAUGAAUUAAAAUAUAAAGGAACAGUUGAUUGUACCAAA